UGUCUUUUUCGACUGUCGUCUGUUCGGGACUCGACUUUGUAAACAUAACCUAUGUUAUGUUUGUUUGAACCGGAUUGGGCGUGACUAUAUUUUUGCCUUGAAAGAACAAAUAGAAAAUGUCACUUGAUGUCAGAAGUAUCUUCUGAAUUAUGGGAAAAGAUCUGUUAUUUUUACCUUGUUCGAUAUACGAGAAGAAGCAUUGCCAAUUGUACGGUGUUGUUCAAAAUUCAAACUGUGACAGAGAUGUGUCAACAAGUCAUUUUGUUUUAGGUAUAGAGUCCAAGCCUUUUCCUACAAAUCAUCAGAGGAAAUAUGAUGAUUAUGUCUUAAUUGGUGAAUGUCAAAGCAAUGUCGAUUCAAUUUCCUUGGAUUUAUUUACCGCAACUAACAGUGAGAGUGGAGUCACGAUUCAGCUUUCAAAUGAUACCUUCCAGUUAUUGCCAUCAGCAAAUAGUAAAAUUCAAGACAUUUCUUCUUCUAUUGUUAUAAUAGUGUACGAUGAUCAAGUUUUCAUGCACUCGGAGCUGAUAUUUUUGUCUAAUGGUGACCAUGCAACUAGUAGCGAUCAAUUCCAAGUGCUGGCUCGUUUGUUGAAGAAGCAAGUUGAAGACAAAAGAAAACAAUUUUGGGACUUUCUUCAAUUACUCUAUAUUCCUAUUCUUUUCAUAGUUAAUAUUUUGCUUUACAUUGUGUCAACGGCUAAGCCAGUGUUCCAGUAUUCUGCUUUAGGAGUAUGUCUUUAUGAUUUUCUAAACUCAUUGGCAUGGGCUGUGAAGUCCCUUAAAAUUCAAAAAAAGGUAUCUCUAAAAGUGGGCAACUACUUUCUUGCCACUGCAGUGGAUAUAUGUGCUGGAGUCUUUCUUCUAUAUUUAAUGGACUACAUGGAAAUUUACUCCCCUUUGUCUGAUUACUUGCUAAAAAUUGCCAAGGAAGUUGUGCAUUCUCUUCAGUAUCUCCUGCAAUGGCUUUCUGGUUCUCCUGCUGGAUUAAAAUUGAAUGGACCUUUCAAUCUCAUGAUGGGCCAAUUCUUUAUGUACCACAUCAAAUUGUGGUGGAUAUUUUUGUCUGUAGCCCAGCCAGUUUUGGAGCUCCUGUUUAAUAUCUUUCUGGUGCUGGGAAGACUCGGGGUGACAUUUCAAGCUGCGAUCCUUUCAGACCUCUUAGCUCUUGUUAGCUUUCAUAUAUACUGCAUUUAUGUUUAUGCUGCAAGAGUGUAUUACCUUCAGUUGUCAGCUUUAAGGGCUUUAUGGAGACUCUUCCUGGGAACAAAACACAAUCCUCUGCGUGAAAGGGUAGAUUCAUGUGAAUAUUCACCCGAUCAGUUGUUUGUUGGAACUAUUACAUUCACUAUACUAUUGUUUUUGUUGCCAACAACCCUUAUGUAUUAUGUGGUCUUCACAACAAUGCGGCUUGUUCUCUUGAGUCUCUCAGGCAUUUUGACUCAGGCUUGUUUCAUUUUUCAUGCCCUACCUAUCUAUGCAACAGUCCACUGGCUCUGUGGGUCAAAUGCAAUUUGCAAGACUGUGUAUGUAACCUCUAAGACUGGUUCCAAUGGAAAUCCUGUCGUCCUAUUUGUUACUCCUGUUGCUGACUCUUGGUGGACCACUGUGAAGUUUUGUCUACCUGAUACAGUUCUCUGUCCACCCAUUGUAAACUUUGGUCAAUUGUUCCAUAAAUUAUCUGUAGGUGAGCUUGUGUAUCCUGUGUGAGUUUUUAUAUGUUCAUACUUCAUGGCUGUCAUGUACCGUUAUGUCACAACAAAAUUAAAUUUUAUUUUUAUAAUUCAA